UAUAUUUAUGAUUCCAAAACUUUUAGCAACUCAGGUGUUGAUUGGUCUAUAUAAUUGAGAUUUAUUUGUUGUCUCAAAAGCAGAUAGUUGGAAACAUGGCUCAUGCCUUGGCUACAGCACUCACAAGGGAACUUGUGGGAAAUACAAGCUCUCCCUCAACAAGUUCAUGCCCUAAUAUCGGCAACAAUUCUGGCCCUUUGGCUUCAAAUUCUUCAACACGGGUCAACCAGGCAUUAAAACGGCAAUUUCCAAAUCUGUUUCAAAAGUCAGACCUGAAAAAAGGCAAACAGAGGAUUAUCGCCUCAACUCGUUCUACAAAAAUCUCCAACAUUGGAAUAUACGUAUUGCCAGGCCCCACCAAUCUAACCCCCAAAAGUUCUGAUGAGCUUCCCUUAGCACAUGCAGGGUUAGGGAGAAGGGUGCUUUCUUUUUUUGACGACAGCAGGCAUGAGGAGAUUGUCAGUCAGUUGGAGGACGAGUUUAUCAAACUUAAACAACUGAAGGGAAGAUGGAUGUUCCAUAAAGCAUCAGGUGGAGGUGGUCAAAGAAAAUUGUCAAUAAUCCCAAUGGAUGCUGAAGGGUACAACGGCAAGCUGCUCCGUUCUGCUUCAAAUAAUGGGAAAAUAGUCCUCUUCCUGGUACCCCUCCAGGAAGAACUGGAGACAAGUCCACUUCCAUUUGAUGCGGAGGAGUUUGCCAAAAUGCCUCAGGUGCCCUGUGUCACUUGUGGUAUAACAGUGCCUCUUCAGAUGCUGGCGUUACAUGCUGGGUCUUGCAGAAAAAAUAAAAAAAACCGGACUGAUCAGACUGAACCUAUAGAGGUUGAUGAGGAUGACUGUGACACAUUGGAGGAGCCAGAAGACACAAUUGAAGAUUUGGAAGAAAGAGAGUACUGCCCUAUCUGCCAGAAGGAUUUCUUGAAGUCUGUGCUUCCUUAUCAUGCCAGUGAAUGCUGUGACAGCAGGGAGGGAGUAUUGGAAAUACACCCAGAUAUGCCAGGACCAUCAUCAACAACUUCAGGAACUUCUUAUUCUGCAGAACCUAGAAGUACUGAAGAAUGGAAAACAGUUGGAGAUCCACAGAAGGCUGUUGAGCUGUUUGUCAGACAACUGAAGCAAGUAGGAGUUAACCAGAGGACACUUGUUCUCACUCUGGAUGCGAUGGACACUGAUGAGGAGCGAGAUAUGUCUCUCAUUUCAUUUUACAAGCACAAGCGUGAGAUAAUCCAGUGGGCAGCUCCUUUUCAUUGUCGCAUUCAAGGUGAUGCUGCAGUUGGUAGAGGCGUGACAAGACACAUCAUCUCGUCUGCCAUUUCCAAGCUGAAACAAGGAUUUAAAAUGAACUUCGGAAAUGCUGCAGUGACUGCAAUGUUUGAAGGGGAAACUGAUCACCUUGUACCAACUACUUCAGCAGUGCUUGCUGAGAGCGAGCUGUUUGUCAUGGCUGGUCGGCUGAUUGGCCACUCUUUAAUUAAUGGAGGUCCAACUUUGUCGGGCAUCAGCUUGGCAGUAGUGCAUGCCUUGACAAGUGGUUCAAAGGAGUUGGCGACAACAUACCUUUCCCUAGAGGACUGCCCAGAUAUUGACCACAGAGAGAUCAUUGGUUUCCUGCUGAAAGAAGAGAUGACUGAGGAAGAGACUUCAAGAUUGUCCAAUCUGUGUAUGGAGUGGUAUUUUCCUGUGCCAACCAAGGAGACAAACAAACUUCUCCUCUUACAGCAGCUCCUCACCCAUGCUGCCAUCACUCGACUUAGUGUGCAAAUGAAGCACCUGAAAAGGGGACUUAAAGAAACGGGUAUCUGGCCACUAAUUACAUCCAGACCUGAUGUUGUGCCCCUCCUCUUCCCGAGGGAAAGUGAAGUGGAAAUCACACCCCAGAUGGUCCUGCAGUCAAUCGUUUGGCCGCACCUAAAAAAAAGGUAUGACAGUGACGACAGCGACGAUGACUUGGAGGCGGAAACUGCACUGGUGGCUGGGUUAUUCCGUCAGUUUGUCGAAGAAGCGUCUUCAGACAAACUGCGUGAGCUCCUGAGGUUUUGGGUUGGCUGGGAGGUCCCUUGCCAAGAGCUGAAGCUUGAAGUUGUCCUGUCAACUGGACCUAACCAUAUGCCGACGUCUUCAACCUGUAGUGAGCGAUUACGGCUACCAAGUCACUACACCACCUACCAGGCCCUGUCAGCCGACAUGAAUGUGUGUCUGAAAUCAGUAGAGACAGGCUUUGGUCUUAUUUGAUAAAUAUGUAUUGAUGUUUCAUUUGUUGAAAAAUUGCAGUUCGACAUGGCAAGUCAGUUAAAAUAGAAAGUAAUUUUAUUAUUAGCCUUGCAUUAUUUUUUUUUUUACAAAUAAUGUCCAUCAACACAGUCUUGACAUGAAGUUGUGUUCCUGAGGUGACUACUAAAUGUUUGUCAGGCAUCCCUGUUCAUCAUGUGGGUUUUUGCUGAAAUAUUCCACAAAUGUUUGGCAUUCAAACAUAAAAUAAUUUUCAUAUUUCUGGUGUACAUUAAACUUUAUAAAGUUAAUAUUUUUGCCAGCUGGUUCUUUCUCUAGCUUGUACUUGCUUGUAUAUUUGUACAUGUUUGAUGGAUUUUUUAAAUAAAUGGUAUUGAAAAUGCUGUUCAUUACAAACAUUUAAAUUUAAGUGACAUCUAAUUUGUCACAAGUAAAGUUUCCAAAUAU